ACAUGCCACUCCAGAACGAUGAAGCAAGACAAAAUGACCAUGGCCACAUCCAACCACAUGUUAUUGAGCCACCACAUAAUGCCCAGGCCUUAUCCCCAUCAGCCAUCAAUGCGCGAAGCCAGAGAUCUGCCAGGACCACUACCGUGCUCCUCCCUCCUCCAUUAUUUGCGAGGCCUGCGUGAGUUGCCUCCGCUUCACUCCUGCUUUUGAUAGAUGGCCGGCAGAGUGGAGGAUCUCCACUGAGGGGCACUCGAUCGGUCGAGCACUCGGUUGAGUCUCAGAGCUCCAUGGAGAGCGGCCAUGAGAGGAAGAGGCGGCACGACGAGGAGCGCUCCGAGUCUUUCAACCUCCGCAACCUCUCCAAGCUCGUGCUUCCGCCGCUGGGCGUCUCGACCUACAACCAGAACCAGAACGACUCCCGCGGCAAGGUCAUCCUGCCCAUGGACUCCAGAUACAGGUGCUGGGAGACGUUCAUGGUGGUCCUGGUUGCGUACUCCGCGUGGGUGUACCCGUUCGAGAUCGCGUUCAUGGGCGCCGCCCCCAAGGGCGGGCUGUUCAUCGCCGACAACGUCAUCGACGCCUUCUUCGCAGUCGACAUCGUCCUCACCUUCUUCGUCGCGUACAUUGACUCCAGAACGCAGGUCCUCGUUCGCGAUCCACGGAAGAUCGCCGUCAGGUACUUGUCAACGUGGUUCAUCAUGGACCUGGCAUCAACGCUUCCCUUCGAGGGUUUGGGCUACUUGAUCACAGGUAGAGUCAAGUCCGGUGUCUCUUACAGCUUGCUGGGCAUGCUAAGACUGUGGCGUCUCAGGAAGGUCAAGCAAUUCUUUACAAGACUCGAAAAAGAUAUCAGAUUCAGCUAUUUCUGGAUUCGAUGCGCCAGACUCCUAUGUGUUACCGUUUUCCUAGUGCACUGCGCUGGAUGUCUCUACUAUUUGCUAGCUGACCGGUACCCACAUCAGGGGAAGACAUGGAUCGGUGCUGUGAUGCCAAACUUCAGGGAAGCUAGCCUGUGGAUGCGUUACAUUGCUUCCAUCUACUGGUCCAUAACCACAAUGACCACAGUUGGUUAUGGUGACCUUCAUGCUGUGAACACGAGAGAAAUGAUCUUUAAUAUAUUCUACAUGCUUUGUAACCUAGGCCUCACUGCAUACUUGAUCGGGAAUAUGACCAACUUGGUUGUCGAAGGAACACGACGCACAAUGGAAUUCAGGAACAGCAUAGAGGUUGCAUCUAACUUCGUCUGCAGAAACCACCUGCCGGCACGUCUGAGAGAGCAGAUAUUGGCUUAUAUGUGUCUCAGAUUUAGAGCAGAGACCUUGAACCAACAACAUCUGAUGGAUCAGUUGCCAAAAUCGAUAUGCAAAAGCAUCUGCCAGCACCUCUUUCUACCUACUGUCAAGGAGGUUUAUCUCUUUAAAGGUGUCUCCAGGGAAACACUCCUACUCCUGGUAACGACGAUGAAAGCCGAGUACAUCCCACCCAGAGAGGACGUCAUCAUGCAAAAUGAGGCCCCGGAAGAUGUAUAUAUUGUCGUAUCAGGCGAAGUAGAAAUUGUGUAUUCUGAUACUGAGACAGAACAGGUCGUAGGGGCGCUCAGCGCAGGAGACAUGUUUGGAGAGAUCAGUGCGCUCAGCGACAGGCCUCAAAGCUUUACAUUCCGCACCAGAACCUUGUCUCAGCUGUUGAGGUUAAAGCAGAGCACCCUGAAAGAAGUGCUGCAAACCAAACAAGAGGAUGGUAUAGCUAUCAUCAAGAACUUUCUUAAGCAUCAAAUAGAAUUCAAGGACAUCAGCAUAGAGGAUCUGAUAGGGGAGAAUGGAGAAUGUGAUGAAGUUAGUAUACCAUGCAAUCUACUGACGGUAGCUGCUACCGGAAAUAGUUGUUUCCUUGAGAAGCUCCUCAAAGCAGGAAUGGAUCCUGACAUCGCUGACUCCAGAGGAAGAACUCCAUUGCAUAUAGCAGCAUCAAAAGGAUACGAGGAUUGUGUUCUGGUUCUACUCAAUCAUGCCGGCAACUUAAAUAUACAAGACAUGGAUGGAAAUACUCCAUUAUGGGAUGCCAUCGCCGCAAAACACCAUAAAAUUUUCAAUCUCUUACACCAAUGUGCAUGCAUUUCCAAUCCCAACACCAGCGGUGAUCUUCUAUGCCUUGCAGCCAAAAGAAAUGAUCUUUCAACCAUGAAGGAGUUAUUGAAACAUGGUUUGAACAUAGACUCCGAAAACCAUGAAGGAUUAACAGCACUGCAAAUAGCUCUUGCUGAAAAUUAUGAAGAUAUGGUUGCUUUCCUGGUCUUGAAUGGGGCCAGCAUAGAGAAAGCAAAUCUUAAUGGGAGAGGAGCAAGGAAAAUAAGAAACGGAGUCUUAAAAGAAAUGGACCAGCAAAGAGAUGCUGGAUGCGUAAAUACUUUACCUGAAUCAAAUGGACAGUUUACACAAACUCUGGUGCUGGAGAAGCAGGAAAAUUCCUUCAAGUUGGAAACAAAUGGAUAUCCUCCAAGGAUUAGCGUGUACAAGGGUCAUCCACUGCUCAGAAACAACUGCUCCGGAAGUGGAAAGUUAAUGUGUUUGCCAAGCACCAUGGAAGAGCUCAAAACAAUUAUUGGCAACAAGUUUGAAAUCGAUGCAAGAAACAGAAUAUUGACCAACGAAGAUGGUGCAGAGGUAGAAUCCAUUGAGGUUUUGAGAGACAACGAUAAACUUUUUGUUGUCGAGGAUGAAGAACUUGUUAAGCUUCAUAGCAAAUGCCAAUAGACAUUCUUAUGCCAAUUUCCUAAGCAGGAAACCAAGAAUGAUUCUGAAUAUCAUAGUCAAUUAUGUUGUAUGGUUCUCAGGUAAGCUUUCUCGGCAACAUUCACGAUCAUUGUUUGUAUCAAUCAAUCUACCUUGUAAUAUCCUUCAGAUCAUAUUUAUGGGCUUUGAUCA